AUGGGUACAAAUCCGUUCGCCGUGCAGAUCCAGCCUUCGCUCAUCGAGUAUGGUUCAUCAAUCCGGUCUCUAUCUAUAUAUUUGACCUCUGUUAAUCGACCUGGCCUCUGUUUGUCAUCGAUCGUGCAGGUAGCAGAGCCAUUGAGAGCAAUGGUUAUGGGUGCUCCUUUGGAGGACGCUCGACAUCUUGCUCAACGCUAUGACAGAAUGCGACAAGAAGUUGAAGCUCAGACUAUUGAGGUUUUCAAGCGUCAGGCAAGAGUGAGAGCAACACCAGGCAAUGCUGAGAUUACUAUGAAGUUGGAAGCUGCUGAAGCGAAAUUGCAAGAUCUAAAGUCAAAUAUGGCAACAAUGGGAAAGGAAGCUGCAACAGCCAUGGCUGCUGUUGAAGCUCAAAAACAAAAGCCAACUCUCCAGCGACUCAUUGCCAUGGCGGGUAUAAUCUUAUCAGGAUUUAUGGUUGAAGCAGAACCUGCUUAUCAUCAGAGAGUCCUUCAGGUGGUGGUGGUAGUAGGUGGUGGUGGUAGGUGGCGUGGUAGUAGUAGUCGUAGUAGUAGUCGUAGUAGUAGUCGUAGUCGUAGUAGUCGUAGUCGUCAUAGUCGUAGUCGUAGUCGUCGUGGUAGUAGUCGUGGUAGUAGUCGUGGUAGUGGUAGUAGUGGUGGUAGUAGUAGUAGUAGUAGUCGUCGUAGUAGUCGUCGUCGUAGUAGUCGUAGUCGUCGUAGUCGUCGUCGUCGUAGUAGUGGUGGUGGUAGUAGUAGUGGUGGUAGUAGUAGUAGUAAUAGUGGUGGUCGUAGUAGUAGUAGUAGUGGUGGUCGUAGUAGUAGUAGUAGUGGUGGUCAUAGUAGUAGUAGUAGUGGUGGUCGUCGUAGUAGUAGUGGUGGUCGUCGUAGUAGUAGUAGUAGUAGUCGUAGUCGUAGUUGUCGUAGUCGUAGUCGUAGUAGUUGUAGUCGUAGUCGUAGAUCUCUCUUUAUGUUUUUUCUUAGGGAACUCUAG